AUGAAAAUUACCAGAGUUUCCAUCAGGAAACCUGCUCCAUUGCCUGAGGCGCUCGCCACUGCCGUCAAGCAUUUGGUGCAAGACGAUGAAAACGAUAUAAAGACUUGGGCCUUGCCAGCUUGGACUUUUCCAAGAGGCGAUUUGUUCCAGUUUGUUGCUGUUUUGAACCGAUUCGAUGCGUUACUGGAAACGACAUGCCAAGCGUACGACCUCAAGGAAAAUCACAUUCAAAAGACACCCUUUACAGACGACACAAAGCAAAUGUUGCUAGCCAUACUGCAGUUCUCCAAGAUUUUGUUUGAAAAUUGUACCAACAGAAACAUCUACAACUCGUACGAGCAUCUAAACAACCUAUUAAACACUACCGACAUUGAUAUUUUGGAAGCCGUAUUGCGACUCAUGCUGAGACCGGCGCAGCGCGUGAAUAACCCCAAAGCAGUACAAUCCAGUUUUUUGGCUCACCAGGACAAGGUGACAGAAUUAGCGAGAGGAGGAUCCAUUGCAGACCUGUCAUCCACAGACACGGUGAUGGGCAACAAUCGAAUUUGCAUGUCGUUUUUCCGCACCAGCAGAGGAGUAGAGCAACAGGACGAAGAGGAGGGACUGCACGCUAUCAAUGUCAGUGUUGUGCCAAAUCAAUACACAGAUCGAGAGUUAUUUUGGAAGCUGGUAGAGGAGCAUCAAGUACCACAGGAGAGCCAUUUUGAACUGCUGAAUCGAGUGCGCAUUGCCAACCACAUGGCGGACAUGGCCGUCCGCCAGCAAUUGCUUAUUAUUCGAUUUAUAUCCAUCGUGAUCAUGGCACAUACCAUGUCAGAAACAGUUGCUCAGAAUAGAGUCUUUAUAUACGAGCCCCAUCUGGUGCCUCAGAUUGCCCAGCUUGUGUCUUACGACAACAGUGUUCCUGUAGAUAUUCAAACUUAUGCAUUGUAUGCCUUGGAUGGCAUUGCACGACAUAGAACCAAGGUAACAGAGGUAUUGGCCGCUUUUAAUGCGUCUGCAAACCAUGGCGUAUUGCUCCAUAUACUUCGUCAAUUGUGUCAAUCGACAUCCCCUUUUACAGUAGACUUCUUGGACGCAUUAUUCACCCUCCUCACAUUCUUAUUACAAACAUCUGCUGGUGGCACCAUGCUUAUGUCAGCUGGCAUCAUGUCCACCCUAAUUCAAGUUUUGGAUCACCCAAGCAACACCAACCCGAUUUAUAGAAAAGCCUUGAUCAAAGUGAUUGGACUACUAGACACCAUCAUGAGCAACAUCAAUACGUCUUUCUCAUCCUUCUGCAGCGCAAAUGGACUGGACGUACUGCUCAAAGUGAUCCAGACACAAGUGGACGAGUGCAUUGAGAGCAAUCAGCAGCCACCCAAUUACGAUGCACUGACGCUGACCAAGAAUGCACUGCGAUUUUUGAUCCGCAUGAUGGAAAGUAGCGAUACAGCAGAUGGAUUGCGCAACUUGAUUGAAUCCAGCAUCCCACACACUAUCAUGAAGGUCAUGGAGCACCAUCGCAUUUUUGGACCCAGUGUCUUUGCGCUUGUCAUCAACGUCGCCACCACAUUUAUUCACAACGAACCUACCUCACUGUCCGUACUACAAGAACUCAAAUUACCACAGACAUUUCUCAAGACAUUCAAGACGUACGACCAACCCAAUUUUGAAGUAUUGAUGGCAUCGGUGCAUUCCUUUGGUGCCAUUUGUCUUAACAGUGCUGGACUCGACAUGUUUGACCAGGCAUCUCCUUUGCCCCACUUUUUCAGCUUGAUGACUGCACCCAGUUUUGUUACAAACGCUUCUGAUGUCGGCAAUACGAUAGCACUGGGCACAACCAUGGAUGAACUGAUCAGACACCACCCAAAGCUGAAACUUGAAGUGUUCAAAUGUACAAACCAGUUGUUACAGCAAGUCAAUGAGAUUGGACGCUCGGAAAAGGGCAAACCACUGGAUAAUUGCCAUGAAUUAGUGUAUCAGAGACGCACAGACGAACCGCCCUUAGAGAGAGCAGAGUGCCUGUUGCUUGGCUUUGUGGAUCUAGUAGCCAGAUUUUUGGAAGGAUUUUUGCGCAAUGUAGACAAUGUCAAGGAAUUUGUCAAAUACGGUGGACCUGAACUACUACUGAGCUACUACUCGCUGCCCAUGCUACCCUACGACUUUUCAGUAUCCAAUGCAUUUGAUUCUCUCGGUUUUGUGUUUCGUGUGAUUGCCGAUGUGUCGCCCAAUGCGCUUGCUAAACUGAUUGCUGCCAAAGUAUUUGAAUCAUCUCGCUUUAUAUUCAACGAACUGCCCAAUGAUAGAUCCCUUGUCUAUGAUUACAUCGAAGCCAAUGGUAAAGAUGACGUAUCGCAGAAAGCAGGCAACGGCCUCUUCAAGAAAUUCAGUGUCUUGUUUGGCUAUAUUGGAUUGCUUUCUACUAUUUUUUCAUCUGCCAUCCUGACAAGCAACAAAUUUGCUGGACGUUUAGUGGAAUGGUGCAUUGAAAAGAGCCCUCAAGACAAGAAUGUGAUACAGAUGCUUGGUGAUAUUCACAGAUGCAUGGUGUGGCAGAACAUUUUGCUUCGAGACGCUGUUCCCAAAUCAUGGUAUUCUACCGCACAAGGCGCCUCUUCUGAACAGCAGGCAGACCUCAAGGACCCCCGUGUGAUCAAUAUUAGACGCUUCAAGUUGCUACUCAGUGAAGUACCACCUGCUCUCAUGCCAGUGUUGCAAGGCAUUAUCAAGGUAUCUACCAACCGUCGUAUUCCCACUGCUGCUGGAUCCAGUCUCUCCUUCCCUGAACGUGCUAAACUCGUUGCUGCAGAGGUGGCAGAUCUCUUCAACACCAGUCUUAGAUACAUGUUUGAUGCAGACAGCAAGAUGCCUGAUUGCAAAUAUGACUACUAUUCAUCUAUGUUCUCCAUGAUCUCUAUGCUGCUGCUGGACGACAGAUCUCGCACUGCCCUGGAAACACCUAUUGCAGUUGCCUUUGAAAAAGCGGGUGUCAUUGAUUUCCUGCUGAAUGACAUGCUCCCUCGCUUCUGGGAAGCAGCAGAACACAAGAUCAAGGCAAACGAGCAGGAUGAUGCAUUGGCACAGCGUAUCAACACCUGCAUUGAACUCUUGCUUGCUAUUCUCCAUCAUUUGGGUUCUUCUAAACUGUUCUUCCACUCGCCUCAUACCAACAUCCUCAUCCAAGUGAGCCCAGAAGACGCUUAUACCACCUCCCCUGAACUAUUGGAUCCCUACCUCUGGGUCGCCUCGAUGCAACUCAAACUAACCGGGCUGUACACAUAUCUCUCGAGCCCUCUUCUCUGCAAGUUCUCGAGACAUGUGCUGCAUUCCCUACUGAGAUGUGUCACGCAAAACAUGAAGCAGGAAGGCGAGACGCGUUGUCGGGCCCGUAGAACAGGUGGCAUCAAGAAGAGCGAGGUGGAUGUCAGCACAAUUGAGCAUUAUGACACCAAUCGUAGAGCGUUGAUUGACAUGGGAUUCGAACCGGAUCGUGUGGAAGAUGCGUUGCGUACCAUGCGUUACGGUAUCUGUGCUUUGGACAAUCUCUUUAGUCGACGUUUGGUACAACACACAGUGGAAGCAGGCCCUCCUCAGCUGGACAUCUUGCCUCAGUUGCAGAGCUCCAAUCCUUUGACUUCAACUGAAUUUGAUGCUGGUGUUCGCAUUCUGGUCAACAUGUGGUAUGACCCAGCUUUGGCUACAGAGGCUUUGCGGGAGAACAAUAACCUCGCACAAGCUGCCAUGGUACUAGCUAGAUACAGACCUUCUGCUUUGAGAACACCUCCUUCCGCCAAUCAAGCAGCAGCACAAGAUGUUGUGGUAGAGGAUGACAAUGAUGAUGAAUACGAGGACAUUGCCUCUGAAGAUGAAGAAGGAGAAGCAGACGAAAGCAUGUAUACGACUGAAGAAGAACACAAUGACGACAACGAUGAUAUCUAUGUGCCCUCUCAGGAUGGAGGUUCAGCUAGACCCAAUCAUUUGAUGGUCCAAGUCAAGACAGACGCCGAUUUCCAGCACGAGCAAAUCCUUAAAGAACUGCAGCACAACCGCAAAGAGAUGCGUGCUCAUAUUCCUCAAAUUCUGUCUCGUCUGGUGGACGAACGCAGCGACCUCGAUUUUGAAGUGCGUGGACUGAUGGCCAUGCUGUGCUGUGGUGACCCUCAUCACUGGGAUGUCAAUACAAAAGAGACGGUGCGCUUAUUCUUCGGUGGUGAUGGAACUACAACCAGCUCCCAAAAUGCACUCACCACCUUUACAUCCUCCCUCAACAAGAUUCGUAUCUUUGCCCUCAUGUUGCGUGAACCCAGUAUGCAAGAUGUCAUGGCCCUGUUGAUUACUACCAUGUCAGACUACAUGAGUUGGUUUGAGUUUCUGGAUAUGAUCGUCGCUCAUCCCGAAUUCCCGGAUCCCAAGUGGCUGACAACACUGUUUCUGAUCUUGGAGGCCGCUCUAGCUCAAUCCGAUGAGCCCAAGGACACAGCAGCACAACAACAAGACGACGCGGGACGUGAGCCUGCUAUUGUGACGCCAGAAAACAGAACCACGCUGAUGAAGUACUGCAUUGACCUACUCAAGAUGGACUCGUUGACAGAGGAUAACCUGGUGUCUGUGUUGAGAAUCAUUGUGCGUUUAACAAAGCACCACUCAGCCGCCUUGCAAUUUGUGGAAUUGGGUGGUUUGACGCCACUUUUCAAACGACCUAGUUCUGAAUUCAAAGCACUUAAAAUUCAGCAAACGUAUAUUAUCAUGAUCUUGCGACACAUUAUGGAAAGCGAGCAGGUAUUGACAGCUACCAUGCGCGAAUGGCUGGUUACUUUUUUUGCCAACAACUCUCGCUCGGAUUCGUUGGAUAUCGAUGCCUUUCUCAGGAACCAUAGCAACUUGGUAUUGCGUGAUCCAGAAGUCUUUGUUCAAGUUAGCACACAACUGUGUCGACUAGGCAACACACCCAAGAGCAUUCGCUAUGUUGGCCUUAAAGAAGAGGAAGAGAAGCAAGGGCAGGCCACGCCUACUGAAUCGACGGUGGACACAUCAUCUCUGGUCAUUCAUUUCUUGCUGAAUCAGCUCGUACAGACGCAAGCCAGCAACACCGAGUCCAACAUCAAGCUCGCUUAUACUGGAUUUCUGUUACAGUGCAUUUUUGAACUGGUGUCUUCUUACCCCUCUUGCAAGUCUGAUAUUGUGAAUUUUGAAGCAGCAACAUCUUCCACUGACAUGUCUGCCAAAGACACACGUAUUCGCCAGUCCAUCCUAUUCAAACUGACCAACACAUUGCUGCCUUACAACGCCAUCAACACAUUUACUGACCAAGACCGCAAAAAGCAAGGUGUUUCCAUGUGGGUGGCAUCUUUGCUGGUAGGCAUGUGCUAUGAUACUACACAGAUACAGAAGAAGGACAUUGAGGCACAUCGAGAGGUACUUGCCAGUGUGCGACACCAUGUGCUGGAUGUAGUAGUGCAAUCACUGCACGACACACUGCAAUCCAAUGCCACUGCCAGUAUCAAAUACAACAGAUACUUUGCAUUGACUGAACUGUGUCAUCGCAUACUGAAUGCACGUCCUACUGGCAUCAAUGUGGAUGUGAGCGCCAAGGAAGAAGACGCUGUCAAGCAGGUGUCCAAGCUCAUGCUGGAGAAGAAUUUUGUGCCCAUCUUGAUUUCGGUCAUUAGCGAUGUGGAUGUCAAUUACCCUCAAGCCAAAUCCAUCCUCAACUCGAUUCUGAGACCCUUGGAGCAGUUGACGAAAUCAGCAAUUCGUAUCCACCGUGAGUCACCUCCCACUCCUGCUCCUCGCCCUGGUUCUCCGCCUGUCCUCGACACCAUUCAAAGAGAAAUUGACCACGCAAAUCAAGUAAUUCAUGCAGUACAUCAGCAAAAUGACGGUGAUGCGGAAGAUGAAGAAGACGACGAUGACCAAGACAUGUAUAUUCCAAUGGACACUGAUGAAGAAGACGCAGAGGCAGGUGAAGUCAAUGACUUGUAUCGAAAUUCAUCUCUGGCCAUGUUUGAUGGCACAGCAUUGGAAGAAGAAAGCAGUGAAGAAGAAGAAUCAGAUGAUGACAUUUCCAUGGCUAGCUCUGGCGAAGAAAUUAUCGAGGAUACCAGUGAUUCCAGUGGUUUAGAGAUCGACUUGGACUCGGAUGCUUCUUCCAUGGAAGAAAAUGAUCAGGACAUUGUGUUUAGACGCCAUCGAUUCCAUCAUGCUGACACAGAUGAAGAAGAUUCGUCUGACACGGCUAGUAGCGUCACGGAUUCAGAGUCUGAAAGCGACGCCAACAGCUUUUCAUCAAACGAAUAUGAUUCAUCCAACGAAUCUCUCAAUUCUGAUAGAAGCGAUUCCAUUCACUCCAACGAUAGUCGAGAUUUAGCAUGGCAAUUGACAGAGGAGGGUCGUUUGAACGGACAUGCAAGACGUCGUCGUCGAGAUAGCAGUUUGUUAAGUGUGGAUGAAAAUGACGAUGAUGAUAUGGACAUUGAUCCUGCUGAUUAUGAGUUAGAUACAGAUGGUCUCACUGCUGAAGAACUCGAAGAUGUAGAGCGUAAUCUCGACCUAUUUAAUAGUAUGGCGCGCGAAGGUGGUGAUGCUACUCAUAUUAUUAAUCCUACAGUCAGAGGUUCAUUAAACACCACUACAGGCGACGGUAAUGGUGCUGGAAGACCCUUUGACAACGUCAUCCUGCACCCAUUGUUGAGAGGCACAUCCAAUACAACUGAUGCUCCUGCAGACCCCUCGUCUCUUUCAGCUGAAACUGCCAUUUUGUGUGGUGCCAAUAGCAACCAUCUGCAAGCCUAUGAGGACAUCAUUGGUGGCAGUGCUGUUCGUAUUUUGGAGAAUUUGUUCAGUCAGCAGCGUCAAAGAAACAACCAUGAUGAACCCACUCAACCAGGUGCUGUCACAUCAAUAAAUACCGAAGCCAAUGCGACAAACGAUGCUGAAAGUCAGGAAAGCAAGGAAACCCUUGAUUUACUCAAAGAAUUCCAACCCUCUCACACUACGGAUCGUUGGACCCAAGAAGCGCACAUGGUCUACAUUCCUGCUGUUGCAUCUGCCAAAGCCUCUCAAUUAACCAAUUGUAUUAUCGCCGAGUUGAAAGACCUUCAAAAAGACGAGCCCAAGGCUGAACAAGAUCAGCGUACAGUUGAACAGCCUCAAGAGAUACAAAACAUUUUCUUGAAUGCUACAUCAAGCGAUGAUGACAGUGAGAUUGAGGUACAGAUAGAAGUGGAAGAGGAUCAAGACUUAGACCAAGAAGAGGAGGACCAAAUAGCAGCAGAUGAUCAACAAGAUCGUGUGAUUGUCAUGAUUCAUGGCGAAGAAGUCGAUAUCACUGGUACAGGCAUUGAUGCCGAGUUCUUGGAGGCACUUCCCGACGAUCUUCGAGCUGAAGUCAUUAGUCAACAAAUGGCAGAACGACGCCCUUAUAUUGAAAGCAUGGAUCAAGAUGAAAUUAGCCCUGAAUUUUUGGCUGCAUUACCACCUGAUAUUCGUAACGAAGUGCUUAGACAAGAAUCCAUUGAUCGUAGCAGACGUCAAGCCAGAGACUUUUUAGAUACACAAGACAUGGAUCAAUUGGUGGAGAGCAACCAAACCAAUGAUGGCACCAGUAAUAACACACCCAACAUUGCCGUUAAUACAACUGAACUGGAAGGUGUUCAAAUGCAUCCUAAUCUGGGUCUUGCUUCUCGUGUCAACUUCCCCAUCACGCAACCUGUUGCUGGCGCUGCUGGUGCUGCUUCUGGUGGUCCUACACCGAGUCGAGAUGACGCCAACGCUACUUGGCGAAUUGGGAGAGCAUCCGAUGGAGAUCAACACGUAAAUAGAUCAAGCAUGAGAGAUUCAGCCAAACCAGCAAGCCAUCCCAAGGACGCCAUUCGCAUUGUAGACAAGUCUCAGUUGGCGACACUUGCUCGUUUGGUGUUUGUACCGCAAUCCAUCUCCAAGGCUCUACUGAACAGAUUGUUGCUCAGUUUAUGUGAGAAUAGCAAGACACGAUCUGACCUGUUGUCUCUGCUGAUCUGCAUUCUACAAGACGGUAGCACCGACUUGGCAGCGGUUGACCGUAGCUUCAUGAAUCUCUCUCUCCACAAAUCCAAUAGUAACAAGCCUCCUGAGAGUGAACAGAAACCGGUGCAUGUGGUGUCUGCUCCUGCUGAAAAUGUCCCCAAUCUGAUUGCUCAGCGUUGCCUGGAGAUUUUGUACUAUGUAGUAACCCUCAAUGACAGAUCUCUUGCUUAUUUCCUGACGGAACAUGAUAGUUUGAGCUACUUGAAGCGUCGUCAUUCCACAGGUGGCGGCAGUAGUCGCAAAUCAAAGACAGCAAGCAAGACACUCAUCAACAACGCCAACGCUGUCAAGUAUCCCAUUCUGGUCUUGAUUGGUCUCUUGGAUCGCCCUGUAUUUAUCGAAAAUGUCACUCUGAUGGAACAACUGAUGAAUCUGCUCGAAGUCAUGUGUCGUCCUAUACCCAACUUGGUGUCAAAUUACAACAGAAAGGUCAAAUCGGAUACGGCACAUCGCCGUGCGCCUCCUCAGCCGCCUUUGAUACCUUUUGAAUACAUACAAAAGAUAGUGGACGUGCUGUCUAUCGGUGAAUGCUCUAGUCAUACGUUCAGGUCGACCGUCAACGUUCUUUCACGCCUAUCACCUUUAGAUGGUGCUAUGGAUACCAUCAUCAAUGGACUCACCAGCAUUGCAAAUGCCUGUGGCAAGCAGAUCAUUGUCGAUUUGCAGCAGCUGUACCUGAUUUUGAAUCAACUGAAGGCAGGUGCUGAGCUGGAAGGCUCUGCGCUUGCUCAAUUCUCUGCUGCUACAUCUCAUCAGGCCAGAUUACUACGUGUGCUCAAGGCCAUGGACUACUUGUAUACGCGCAACAACAAGCGUACGGUGUCAUCGGAUCAUGCUGAACAAAACGAAAAGGCUGUGCUCAAGAUUUACGACAAGCUGGACUUUUUGCCCUUGUGGACAAAACUGGGUGCCUGUCUUGGUUUGAUCCAGGAGAGAGAAGACUUGCUCAAUGUCGCAUCCGUGUUGCUGCCUUUGGUGGAGUCAUUCAUGGCGGUCUCCAAGUAUGUGAAUCAUAAAGGGUACACGGCAAAGAGCAGUACAGAGACAGCGAACCCUGUUGAAGGGUUCUUUUUGAGCUUUACGGAGGAGCACAAAAAGAUCCUCAACAUCAUGGUGCGCAACAACCCUUCAUUGAUGAGCGGCUCUUUCUCGCUUUUGAUCCACAAUCCCAAGAUUCUGGAAUUUGACAACAAGAGAAACUAUUUCGUUCAACAGUUGCACAAACGUAGUAAUCGUCGUGAGCAGUAUCCCUCGUUGAGACUCUCUCUGGACCGUGCCAACGUAUUUGAAGAUACCUAUCGUAAAUUGCAGGGCUUGACUGGCGAUGAGAUCAAGUAUGGUAAGCUCAAUGUUCAUUUCCAUGGCGAAGAAGGCGUGGAUGCAGGUGGUGUUGCUCGUGAAUGGUUUUCUGUUUUGGCUCGUCAAAUGUUUGAUCCCAAUUAUGCCUUGUUCAUCACAUCGGCUGCUGACAAACUCACCUACCAGCCAAACCGAGCUUCCGGUGUCAAUUCUGAGCAUUUGAGUUACUUUAAGUGUGUAGGUCGUAUUAUUGGUAAAGCUAUUCAUGAUGGUCGCCUACUGGAUGCCUAUUUCACCCGUUCAUUCUACAAGCUGAUGUUGGGACGUUCUGUGGACUAUCGCGAUGUGGAAGCUGUGGAUCCUGCCUAUUACAAGAGUUUAGUGUGGAUGCUGGAGAAUGAUAUUACCGACAUCAUCGAUCUUACAUUCAGCGUGGAAACAGACGAUUUUGGUACCAACAAGAUCAUUGAUCUGAAGCCGGACGGAAGAAAUAUUCCAGUGACAGAGGAGAACAAGCACGAAUAUGUCACUUUGGUAACAGAGCAAAAGCUGGUGCUGGCCAUUAAAGACCAAGUCAAUGCUUUCUUGGAAGGGUUCCACGAUAUCAUCCCUGCCUCGUUGAUCCAAAUCUUCAAUGAGCAAGAGUUGGAACUGUUGAUCUCUGGUUUACCCGACAUUGACAUUGAUGAAUGGAAGGCCAACACUGUCUACGAAGGAUACACGCUGUCAUCUCCUCAAAUUCAAUGGUUCUGGCGUGCUGUGCGAUCCUUUGAUCAAGAAGAAAGAGCCAAAUUACUGCAGUUUUCUACAGGCACAUCCAAGGUGCCAUUGGAAGGUUUUGCAGAGUUGCAAGGUUCAAAUGGUGUUCAAAAGUUUCAGAUCCACAAGGAAUUUGGUGAUGUCAAUCGUUUGCCAUCUGCUCAUACUUGCUUUAAUCAAAUCGAUUUACCUCAAUACUUGACCUAUGAAGAUCUUAGAGCGAACCUCUUUAAAGCAAUUAGCGAAUGUUCAACUGGAUUUGCUUUCCAAUAA